AUGGCGCCGUUCACAUCAAUUACGCGCGCCGGCUCAUACGCCAAGAUCUCGGCCGGCGUGACAUGUGUGCGUGAGGGCACGUACGCUGGCAUGUUCUUGGAAUCUGCGAAAGCGCGGCGCGGCCCGCUCGGGUACAUGAUACGCAGCUACGACAAGCUUUUGCGCGAGGCCGAGUCCCUGCUCUUGCCCGUCAUCCUCACACCGCUGUUUGUCUACUGGAAGGUCGACGAUUCGAUCGACUGGGACUGGGCCACCGUGAUGGUGUUUGUCUCCUGCAAUGGCACUCUGACGUGGCUCUGCGGAUUUGUGUUGCAUCUCUUUGUCGUGCUGCGCCUCGACGACCUUGUGGACUGGUCCUGGAUCUGCAUUAUUAUUCCGAUCUACGUCUCCUUGCUCGACUGGGGUGUUUCUCCGGUGCAUCGCGUGCUAUAG